CAUGUCUACUCUAUUAUUGUUUUGGUGGCCUAAAAUUUGUAGUUCUUUAUGGUCGCAAAAUAACAGUAUAAAUUGGUUCAUCAGCUAAGUAAUGUACUCUAUCAGUAUCUCUCUAGAGCUCUACUGCUUCUAAAAGAGCAACCAGUUAAUAGUUAUAUGGAUUCUCCAGAUAAGGUAUCUAGAUGGACUCCUCUAGUGAGUCCACCAAGAUCAAUUCUCAUGAAAUUCGUGACGAAGGAGAGAACUAAUAAAUCCGGACCUUCAACACCUACACCAGAAGAAGAUGAAAAUGUUGACAUUCACAAUAGUUACAUUGCCCCUGAUAUUGAAGCUGAUGAUGUGCCAUUCAAUAAUGCAGCCUCCUCAACGAACACUCCUCCACGAUCACCACGACUCCAUGCCUCCAGUAGCAAGAGAUCAAGAUCCAGAAAAAGUGAGGACAUCAGAUCAAAAUCUGGUAAAAGUGAAGAUAUAAGAUCAAGGUCAGGCAAAGUGGAGGAACACAAAGGAGCUGACAUUAAUCAAGUUGGAAUUUAUAUAACUUGGAGCGAGGUAUGGGUGACUGUGCCUACAAAAAGAGGAGGUCGCCGCCCAAUUCUGGAUGGGCUCACUGGCUAUGUGCAGCCCGGUGAGUGUUUAGCCAUUAUGGGUCCUUCUGGUUGUGGCAAGUCUCUUCUUCUUGAUACAUUAGCAGGAAGGCUACGGACAAACACAGCACAAACAGGAGAUAUUCUGAUCAAUGGACGCAGACAGACACUGGCUUUUGGCACUUCUGCAUAUGUGACACAAGAUGAAACACUUAUGAGUACACUAACAGUCAUGGAAGCCGUCUAUUAUUCAGCUCAGCUCCAACUCCCUGAUUCCAUGUCAAGAGCUGAGAAGAGAGAAAGGGCAGAGAUGACAAUAAGAGAUAUGGGAUUACAGGAUGCUAUGAACACAAGAAUUGGAGGGUGGAGUGUUAAAGGCCUCAGCGGUGGCCAAAAGAGAAGAGUCAGUAUCUGCAUUGAAAUUCUGACAAACCCUAAACUUUUGUUUCUAGAUGAGCCAACAAGUGGAUUGGACAGUGCAGCUUCAUAUCAUGUCAUGAAUCGUAUAAUUAAACUUGCUCAACUGGAUAAAAGAACUGUAAUCGCUUCUAUUCAUCAACCAAGUGGUGAAGUCUUUGAGUUGUUUGAUAAUCUCUGCCUACUAUCAUCCGGCAGACAAAUUUAUUUCGGUCCUACUGCACGAGCUUCUGAGUUUUUUGCAUCUAGUGGCUUCCCAUGUCCAGCUAUGAGGAAUCCUUCAGAUCACUUUUUAAGAACUAUCAAUAAAGAUUUCGAUGUUGAUAUUAAGCACGGACAUGGUGGAAGCGUAGUAACUGCUAAAAAAGCCAUUGACAUUCUUGUCAAAACAUAUCUCUCAUCUGAAACACGCCGCCAAGCAGUCAGUAAAGUUUAUGAGAUAUGCCAAAAGCAUCAAGAAACAAUAGUGGAAAGGGAUCGUCAAGCAGGCUUCAUUACUCAAUGUCAAGUUCUAACAAGAAGAUCUUUCAUCAACAUGUUCCGCGAUCUUGGUUAUUACUGGCUACGAUUUGUUAUUUACCUUGCAUUGUGCGUGUCCAUAGGUAGCGUAUUUCAUGACAUUGGCCACACCUAUGGCUCAAUUCAGGAUAGAGGUUCGGUGCUCACGUUUAUUGCAGGUUUCUUGACUUUUAUGGCCGUCGGCGGAUUCCCUUCAUUUGUAGAGGAUAUGAAGAUAUUUGGUCGUGAAAGAUUGAAUGGACACUAUGGAGUCGCUGCAUUUGUUGUGGGGAGCACAAUCUCUUCUGCACCUUAUUUGUGUUUUAUAAGUGUCAUUCCUGGAGCAAUUGCUUAUUUCCUUGUUGGACUGCAAAGAGAUUUCGAACACUUUGUCUACUUUUGCUUACUACUUUUUGCGUGCAUGCUCUUGGUUGAGAGCUUAAUGAUGAUGGUCGCGAGUAUUGUGCCAGAUUUUCUCAUGGGCAUCAUUACUGGUUCCGGGAUUCAAGGAGUAAUGAUGCUAAAUGGGGGAUAUUUCAGAUUACCUAGAGAUAUCCCAAAGCCAUUUUGGAAAUAUCCAGUGUAUUACAUUUCAUUUCACAAAUAUGGAUUUCAAGGGUUUUACAAGAACGAGUUUUUGGGACUCACUUUUCCUAAUGUAAAAGUCGGUGGCCCUCCUACAAUUUCUGGUGAAGAGAUUUUGAGAGAUAUUUGGCAAGUUGAAAUGGAAUACUCCAAGUGGGUAAAUUUAGUCAUUUUGUUGGGGAUGGUGGUAUUAUACAGACUUGUAUUCUUUGCGAUUAUAAAGGCUUCAGAGAAGUUAAAGCCGAAGAUUGCAGCUUAUCUUAGUUCUUCCCGUACCAAAGCAGAUGAUUUUUCUACAGCUCCUUCUGUUGAGCUAGGAUGUAACGUACGCAGGGUUCGGGCCUUUUCCUUAUUUGAUUGUCGAUGUUAUACAGUUGAUCUGGCAUUUGCAGACUAGAUCACAACAAAGAACAUCAACAUUGUGGAAGAUGUUGCGUACAAGUGGACAUCAACCAGAGAUUUCUCCACUUUAAAGCUUUUAUGAUUACCCUUAGUUUUAUUUAUUUUUAUGCAGGUUCAUAUCUUUCAAGAAGGUUAAGUGUUGUUAGCUGGUCUUAGCUUGCAACUAUUCCACCCUCCUCCAGUUAUUUGAGGAUGUUACUAUUGGAUUUUUAUGGAUAUUAUACUAUC